AUGACCUACUCUCGCUUCCACGCCGCCUCCACCAAGGCUGCCAUUGGUGCCGAAAACGAGUUCGCCGCACACAACUACUCGCCUCUUCCCGUCGUCUUCGCUAAGGCUCAAGGGAUCAAUGUCUGGGACCCCGAGGGCCGCAAGUACAUGGACUUCUUGUCCGCCUACAGCGCCGUCAACCAAGGCCACUGUCACCCGGAGCUCGUCAAGGCUCUGACCGAGCAGGCCUCGCGCCUCACACUGAGCUCUCGCGCUUUUCACAAUGACGUCUUCCCCAAGUGGGCUGAAAAGGUCCGCAAAGUCUUUGGCUACGACAUGGUGCUUCCCAUGAACACUGGCGCCGAAGCCACCGAGACCGCUGUCAAGAUUGCCCGCAAGUGGGCAUACAAAGUCAAGGGUGUAGACACGGACCAGGCUCUGGUCUUUGCCGUGGCCGAGAACUUUCACGGACGCACCAUGGCCGCCAUUACCCUUUCGACAGACCCCGAGUCCAAGGACAACUAUGGUCCCUACAUUCCCAACAUUGGCGCCAUAUCGCCCUCGACUGGCAAAGCCAUCCGAUACAACAAUGUUGCCGAUAUCGAAGAGGUUCUCAACGACCAUGGCAAAGACACUGCUGCCUUUAUCAUUGAGCCCAUCCAAGGUGAGGCUGGUGUCGUGGUUCCUGAUGAAGACUACCUGGCCAAGGUCCAGGCGCUAUGCACCAAGCACAAUGUGCUUCUCAUUGCCGACGAAAUCCAGACAGGUAUUGGUCGCACCGGUAAGAUGCUCUGCUCCGACUGGGCCGGCGUCAAGCCCGACAUGGUGACCCUCGGCAAAGCCAUCUCCGGCGGCAUGUACCCUGUCAGUGCUGUGCUGGCCAGCAAGGAGGUCAUGUCGGUCGUUGAGCCCGGCACACACGGCUCCACCUACGGCGGCAAUCCCCUGGGCUGCGCCGUCUCCAUUCGCGCCCUGGAGCUCAUUGAGGAGGAGAAUAUGAUUGAGAACGCCCAGCGUCUAGGAGAAAUUUUCCGCCAGGGCCUGACUGACCUCAAGUCGCCCAUCCUUAAGGUUGUUCGUGGUAAGGGUCUUCUGAAUGCUUGCGUUAUCGACGAGUCUGCCACCAAUGGCCGCUCUGCCUGGGACCUGUGUAUGCUGCUCAAGGAGAAGGGUCUACUGGCCAAGCCCACGCACGGCGACAUUAUCCGCUUUGCUCCGCCCAUGGUCAUCACCGAGGAUGAGCUGCGCAGGGGUAUCAGCAUCAUUGGUGAAGCUCUCAAGGAGCUACCCAACGCCCCCAAGAGUGCCCACUAG